UCAGAGCGACGCUAAUGGUGUUGCAAGCGGACGCCGGUCUAACUUUGUCUUUUGGCCGAGCUCAGGGUCUGUUUUCCGUCGUCGAGAGACUGAAAGGCGCCAGGGAGCAGGACCUGAGGAUCGUCCUCCUAGGCCUGGACAACGCGGGGAAGACGACGCUCCUGAGGAAGUUAGCGUCUGAAGAUGUCCGCACCGUAACCCCCACGCAGGGCUUCAACGUUAAAAGCGUGUCUGCCAAUGGCAUGAAACUCAAUGUGUGGGACAUUGGGGGCCAACGGAAGAUUCGCCCUUUCUGGAAAAAAUAUUUCGAGAACACAGAUUUGCUGAUCUAUGUGAUAGACAGCGCAGACAAGAAGCGUUUUGAGGAGACUGGUCUGGAACUCUCGGAGCUCAUUGCCGAGGAGGACCUGAAGGGCGUGCCUGUGCUCAUCUUCGCCAACAAGCAGGACCUCGCCACUGCCUCGCCGGCCAGCGAGAUCGCGGAGGGACUUAACCUGCACACCUACCGGGACCGGCAGUGGCAGAUCCAAGCCUGCUCUGCACUGUCUGGGGAGGGCGUUCAGGAUGGCAUGAGCUGGAUCUGCCAUAACAUCGCAAAUAAGAAGAAAUGAUCUAACUGCAUUUUCCAGCAAAGGGAUUUGCGGUCGCUCUUAUUUGACACUUCCUGGUGUUUCGCCGUCCUGCUGUAAUACUUUUUCAACAUCAUUCCUAAGAAAUUACUCAUUUCCCCAAAAACAAGAAGACAGAUUCUGUUCUAAAGUCUAAAGUAACUUAUAAAUUAGCACAAAGAAAACAGCAGACCAAUCAUUAUAGUCUAUAUUGUUAAGGAAAAUUUUGUUUAGUACUGUACAGUUUAGUAACAUGAGUUAUAAUAUAAGAUAGAUUUAGUGUAUAUGAUUACAGUGCUGAAAUACACUUUUUAUAAUUAAUUAUUUUCCCUUUUUAUUCCAUCCUUCUCUUUAUAUGGACAGAUAACUUGGGGCCUAAAGCACAGAAUGUAAUCAGUAUUUUACAGGAAUGAAAUUAUCACCUGGAAAA